AUGGAGCCGGUGACCUUCGUGGGUGGCCCUUACGUUCCGCGCAGGUUGGCCCAGCUGCGGAGCGAGGCGGCGCCUGCGCGGUCGCCAGCGCACGGCUUCGCCGGCGGAAGCGUUUUGCCCGCCACCUUCGCGGCCUUCGCGGCCGGCGUGGGCGCGGGUGCUGCAGGGCGGCCUCGCGCGGUGGCGCGAAGGGCUGAAGGGAGCAAGGGGCGAUCACUCCGGAUCGAGAACCAGAUCUCCGUGGCGCGGGAGAUUCAGUACGGAGACGUGGACUCCAUGGACAAGUUCAUGCGCGAGAACGCGGCCCAGGUCUGCCUGCAGAACCUGGAGAAGAUUGAGAAAAAGCAGGGAGCGGCAGAGGUCAUGGUGUGCUAUCUGCAGCCCACCGACAUGGGACCAUACCGCACCCAGAUGAAGAUGGAGGUGAAGGUGGAGGUGUUGCCCGGAAGCUGCGUCCUCCACAUCCUGGACAUGCACGCGGGACAAGUGGACAAGAAGACCGGGGAGGUCACUUUCGAUCCGGAGCACAAGGUGCAGCAGAAGGCUGAGAACGUGGUCACCUGGACGGACAACGGCAGGGGAGGGCUGGAAGUGGUGAAUCGCAGCUGGUCAAAGUCCAAGAUGGGAUUGCCGUGGUGGUUUCCUCUGCCGGACAAGGUGGUCGAACAGACCGCGAAGUUUGUGAUCGGUCAAGUGAUCAAAGAUGGGGUGAAGAAGGUGAACGAGCAGAUCGAGGAGAAGUACUUGGAUUUCUCCGCCCUCGUGGAAGCGUGA